AUGAUGAGUGUUGUGAGCAAGGGACUUGGAGCUCUCGAUCCUCGUCGACCUGUUGAUGAGACAAGUGCUAUGCAGCUUCCAACGGAAACAUCGAGUAGAAACGUUGGCGACAGUGUCACCAUCUACGGCCCUCUUGUUUAUGUGCUCAAAUUUUGCACACUUCGAUUAGGUGAACGUAUCGUUGAUCACACAGCGAAUGCGAGAGUCAGUAAAGGUGAUAAGCUAAAGGAUUGGAUUCGACUUACGUUCGUAUCAAUAAUCGGUCUGUUGAUUCUGUAUAGAUCCGUGAUAUUAGUAAUAAAUCAACGAGCGGCUAUGCAUGCUGAUCUACUGAGCAAUUAUAUGUCACGCCAUAUCGACAUACUGAAUGUUUGUGGUCAUUUCAACCAGCGAAUCGCUUCGUUGGUAAGCACUUGGAUAGUGAUCAGUGCAAUCGGUGUCCUCUGUAAUCUGGCCAAUUUUUAUUUGUUGCUGUCAGCCACUUGGCCAUAUUUAUCGUUGUGCAUUGUGCUGAUCGCGUUUUGGUGUUCGCAUUUCGGAACAAUUCUCUACAAUUGCUUCCGUCUGUACGCGCAGGUUCAACGAACAAGGCAUUUGGUGCUGAAUGUGAAAGAUAUCUGGCAGAAUGUGAACGAAAAGUUAUGUCUACUCAUCUUCGGAACGGUGAAACGAAUCGAGGAAUUCCAGCACCUGCAACUGCUUUUAAUUGCACCAAUUGAGCCGAGCUUCUUUAUGAAGGUGACUGUUAUCGUUCUGCUCUCAGUCGUUUAUCUGCUAGCAACGCAAUUUCGUUUACCACAUUUGCGUAUGGAUGAUGGCACUAUCGAGACAACAAACCUUUUCAAUCUCACACAACCAUGA